AUCAAAGUAUAUACAAAGCUAGUAUAUGUCCAGUUAUGACUGCAAUUCCUCAUUCCAAAUCAAAAAGUGUUGUGAUAAUACGAUUUUCAUUGAAUAAAUUUAGCGCCGUCUCGUUUGAAGAAUGUCACAGUCAUUGAAACAACUCUGGAAACAUUCAUCGAGUUUGAUUAUAUUGGGUAAAAAUGCAGAGGCUGCUAAAAUAAAUAAUUUCAAUUAUAAAGUGCUUGUAUUAGAACGACCAUCAAAGGCAUCGUAUCCGGGCGCAUUCACCUUUCCAGGCGGUGUUACCGAAAACUCUGACCAAGUUGAAGACUGGCUGAAAUUCUAUCGUAAAUUCGGAAUUGACGAUUCAAAAUUCAAGUCAAUUAUCAAAACAUGCUCAAAUCGGUCGUUCAUUUUUAAUCAUGAUGGCGGCAAUACAAUCAGUCGCGAUAUAUCAUUACGAAUCACCGCCAUUCGCGAGACAUUUGAAGAGCUUGGUGUACUACUUUGUAAAAAUAAGGAGCAACUGAAAGAUUCGAAUUUAUUUUCGAAUUUAAAAAAUAAUUUUGAUGUUGAUUUUUGGCAAAAACAGGUAUACAAAGAUGCGUCAAAUUUUAUGAGAUUGUGUGAAGAAUUAAAUGUAGUGCCUGAUUUAUGGAGCUUACACGAAUGGUCAUGCUGGUUGACACCAACGUUUAAAAGACAGAAACGAUUUGAAACGGUUUUCUACGUGGUCGGUGUUACUGAUCAACCCAAUAUUCAAGUGACAAAUGACGAGGUGCAGCGAUCGUUGUGGUUAACACCAAAGGAACUUCUCGACAGCAAUAAAUCUGGUGAAAAUUGGUUGCCACCGCCUCAAAUGUAUGAAUCGUCUCGUUUGAACAACGAACCGGACAUUGAUAAAGUUAUACCGUUUGCCAAGGAACGAGGCAUGAAUGCGCCCACAACGUUAAUAUUUCCAAUGCACUAUCACACAAAAGACGGUAUCAUUCAUUGCUAUCCUGGUGACGAUUUCUAUCCAAAGAAUCCCAAUUUAGAAGCUACGGAACAUAAUUUGGAACAAUAUGCAGAUAAAACAUGUGACGAAUGUCGAGAAACAGCGAAAAAUCUGCACAGACUCGAAUUAAAAUCGUUGCAAAACUUUGCUAUUUGGCAUAAUGUGAAUUUACCCGACAAUCACAUUUGUCCACAGUCGAAAACCAAACCAAAACUAUAAAAUUGUACAUAUAGAUAUGAUAUAUUUAAAAAGCAAUAUCGCUGAAACAUACCGAAUUGACGAAUAGCAACUAAACAAUUCAUUUUACGUUGCAAAUGUUUCGUUUUUUAUAUUUUUGCAUUGAAUGGACAAGUUUUCUUGU